CAUAUAUCUGAAAAUCCUCAACUAACUUUGCUUUGCUCUGUCCCAUCCACCUAAACACGGCCUCUGAUCCUUCAAAUACAUCUCUGCUUUAACGCGACCUGUGAUGCUUCAAAACGUAGAAGCCAUCCAUCACCCUAUAUCUCUGCGUGAACAGAUCGAGAAGCAGCUGAGAUCGUCGACGAGCUUGGAAAAUGCAGGUGGCGACCCCAACGCCUUGCAGCUCCGGCCGGCUUCUCCUUCUCUUGGCAAUUCUUGCGGCGGCGCUUCUGCUUUUCUCCGCCCAACCAGCCAGCUCCGCCGGCCAGUCAGUCAAGUACUUACCUGGUUACGACGGCGAACUUCCCUUUCACCUCCAAACUGGAUACAUAAGUGUUGAGGAUUCAGAGUUAUUCUAUUACUUCAUUGAGUCGGAAGGCAAUCCUCUGGAGGACCCUCUGAUGCUUUGGCUCACUGGAGGCCCGGGCUGUUCUUCCUUCUCUGCAAUUAUCUAUGAGCUUGGCCCGAUAGAGUUUGACAUUCAUAAUUACACUGGAGGCUUACCCAAAUUGAGAUAUUAUCCUGACGCUUGGACUAAGACUAGCAGUAUAAUAUUUCUAGAUCAACCGGUAGGCAGUGGAUUUUCCUAUUCAAGAACCCAAGAAGGUUGGCCAUCCUCGGAUUCGAAGUCGUCCGAACAAUCCUAUGAGUUCCUCAAAAAGUGGCUUGAAGAAAACCCACAAUAUCUCAAAGUUCAACUAUUCGUGGGUGGUGACUCUUAUGGUGGGAAAAUUGUUCCAUUAGUCACCAAACUAAUCGCAGAUGGGAAUAAAAAUGGCAGUACUCCAUACCUGAACCUAAGGGGGAUGGUGCUUGGGAGCCCCAGAACUGAUUCCAUCAUUGAUGAGAACUCCAAAGUAGUAUUUGCUCACAGGAUGGCCCUUAUCUCAGAUGAGAUCUAUGAGAACGCCAAGGAAGCUUGCAACGGGAGCUACUCAAAUGCAGCCCCAAAUAACACAGCCUGUCAUCUUGCCAUCAGCGAGAUAACAAGGUGCCUUAGGGAUCUAUAUCGAGGUGACAUUUUGCAGCCCAGAUGCCUAUUUUUGGCUCCUCCUCAGACCGAAAGUGACGCAAUCCAUGCAGAAAGAAGAUCCCUUCAAGCUCAAGGUCAAGAAGAAGAUGAAGAUGAAGAUGGCACCUUAGAUUUUCUUCUCUCUCCUCCGCGCAUUCCAGAUCUAUGGUGUCGAACAUUUAAUUACGUGCUCUCCUACGAGUGGGAAAACGACAAAGCUGUUCUGGAAGCUUUACAUGUUCGACAGGGAACUGUGGCGUAUUGGACGAGAUGUAACUUCAGCAUAUCAUACACCAAAGACAUACACAGUAUUAUCCCUGUUCAUGAGUAUCUCAAAACCAUAGCUUUGCAAGUUCUGGUGGCAAGCGGCGACCGUGACAUGGUUGUUCCAUUUGUGGGCACCGUCAAAUGGAUCAAAGCCCUAAAUCUGUCGGUUAGUGAGUACUGGAGACCGUGGUUUUUAGAUGGCCAAGUCCAAGGAUACACAGAAAAAUUUAACAAAAAUGGAUAUUACUUGACAUAUGUAACUGUAAAGGGGGCAGGUCACACGGCUCCUGAGUACAAUCGGAAGCAAGUUUAUCACUUACUCGACAGGUGGAUUCAUUACUAUCCUGUUUAGCCAGACGAAGGGGAAACAACCCUCUGGUCAUUAAGGCCUUAAUUAAUUAGUGAUUAGUCUUCCUCUCUUGUCGUGUUCUUCGUCCAAAUAAGCAAGUAUUGGUUUUGCCAAUGCACCAGACAUUAAGUGUAAUAAUUAUGCAUUUCAUCAUUAAUUUCUGAGCUAAGCUAAGCUAGCUAGCUACUUUAAUUGUGCACCCUAGUAUUUUGUUUAAUAAAUUUGAUUAAU